AUGAAAGAAUGCAACAUUCUUGAUCAGCUGACGCGAACGCAAUAUCAAACUGUGCUAAGCCAUAUACGCGAUGUAAUCUUAGCUACUGAUAUCGCGGUUCACCUAGGACAAGUUGGCAGAAUCAAAGCCAUGGUCGACCAAGACUACGAUCCAAUGUCUCGUAAUCACCAAUAUUUAUUCAUGUGCUUACUUAUGACAUCCAGUGAUCUUUCUGACCAGUCAAAGGAUUUCAGUAAUUCCAAAGCUAUCGCGGAGAAUAUCUACAAGGAAUUUUUCUCACAAGGUGAUCUUGAGAAGCAGAUGGGUAAUAGCCCCAUGGAAAUGAUGGACCGCGACCGCGCAGCAGUGCCCAAGAUUCAGCUCGACUUCAUGGAUACUGUAGCUGUUCCUAUCUUCGAAAUGGUGGCCGAAUUGGUGCCAGAAGGCACGUCAACACUCGAGGCGAUUACAAUGAAUAGACGGUGUUGGGCUGCUCUUGAUGAAAUCCUAGUUGAACAAGGUAAUCGCCAUGUUCUCGGGCUAGAUUACCUUAGAGACGAUGAACUUGAGAAACAAGUGUUGGAACGGGUACAAGAAAAGAAGAAAAAGCAGAAAAAGUUAUGCGAACGAGUUGAAGAUGGACUUAAUAAUCUGAGAUCUGCGCUCGAAAGUCACAUCACCAAGGAAGGUCUUGCAGCUAUUGCCAAUGUUGCAGAUACGGCAUUCACGGUUGAUCUGUCCAAGGUGGUUAUGAGAUCUGAUCUCAAACAAGAAACUGAGCAUGUCCAGAAGAAUGUUGACGAAGACAGGGAGAGUGUGCAACGUGCAGUGUGCUACAACUUCGCGAUAGGAGUGCUAGUGACUCUUCUGCUUCUUUCUGUUCCUGGAGCGGGUUGCAUACCCAGCGAGGACGAUCGCCCUAUAAAUAUGAAGGUGCAGUGCGAGUCUUCCGGAUCACAGCCAACCAACAGAGAUCCGAUAGGAUACCUCUUUAGUGCAAUUUCUCCCGCUGUCUGUCUGAUACUGUUUUUGGUGCUUAACAAACUCGAAUUCUCGCUUCCAGCACCAGCACCAGCACCAGUACGCCCAGCGGAGUCCGCGCAUGAGUCGGCUCAGCCCCUUAUCACUCCCCCUAACCAGCCAUCACCGCCAGCGGUGAUGGCUGGCGCCGCGGGCGUUGGGAUUCCGAUCCCAGCGCCUCAGAGAUUCCCUAUGUUGACUUCAGGGGGGUGUGCAUCUGCACUCCCCCCUGAAGUCAACAUAGGGAAUCCCUGA